AUGCACAGUAAUCAAUUGAAAAGUGGAAGUUAUAAGAAAAAUGUAUUUGAUCUUUCCCUUGUUCAGUUCGAGAUUUGGUGUACACGUGCUAUUAAACACCCCAGAAUAAGUAUCAUACUGCCUUUGCUGAUUACUUUCCUCUUCUCCUACCCACUGCUAUGGAUCCUGCAAGAGCCAUGGGAAGCAUUUUCGAGCGCGAAGCACCAUAACUAUGUCAGUAAGAUGGAAAUAAUUAACCUACGUGAACCAGCAUUAUUUGAGUCUCACGUCGAUUUGAAUUUACUACAAGUUUGGGUGAAGCCUUUGAUGAAAACUAAUAUUCUCAAUAAAAGGAUGCUGUUAGAUUCACUAGCAUUUCAGGCAAGAUUAUUGAAAGGGGUUGAUGAUACGGCAAUCCUUAGCUCUCCGUUUCACAUUUGGAAUCAUUCACUCGACGCUUUGAAAAAAGAUCCAUUACCGUUACGCACUAUCAGCUCAAACAUAUUGAAAAUUCCACGCUACUCGUUAUUGGGAACAUGGAAAAUAAAUGGAGUUGUAUCCUCGGCUAGUGGAUUUGUAAUAUCUUUGCUUGUCAAUAGGGAAAAUUUUGCUAACGUAAGCUCAUUAUUAAAUAAGAAUAUUAUUCAACUUGAUGAAAUAUCAAAUAUUACAGGUUAUCAUAUUUUGCAAGAUGCAAAUCAAAUACAGCGCCGAGAUGUUGACGAAGUCUUGAAAUAUACUAUGAUAUCUUCCAAUAUGUGGGAUAAUGGCGUAUUUAUAAUUCUGUGCUUACUUUUGAUGAUAUAUUUCAUUUUUUCCAUACAAAGAACAAAAAAUUCUGUUAAAUCAGCCUCUGGUAUAGCAAUAGCGAUUGUUGUCCAAGUUGUACUGGUGGUAAUAUCAUCCAGCACUAUAACAGAUUUUUUGUUUAAAGCUAGCGAUGAGAACCUUCCUUUUCAUCUUUUAUAUCUGCCACUAGGUGUUAUCCUAGUCAACAAUCGGUUAAGAGUUAUUAGAGACGUUUCCGGUUCGACUUUGCAUUCCUACAGUUUAUCAGAACGAAAAGGCAAAAGUCAAAAGAAGAUAUCUGAAGCAUACGACGAUCUACACGAAAGGGAUUUUGUCUGCAACAUUGCUCUGUCUCAUUAUAACUCCACGAAGGGCGUUGUACUGAUUUCAUUGGCAACUAUUUUCGCAGUUCCAUUUAGCAGAAAGGCUUCAUGUUUUUUGUUGAUUUCUCUCUGGAUUGGUCAUUUUUUGCAAUGUGAAUUUUUCACUGCAGUCUUGAGUUUAGACUUUAGGAGAUUCGAGAGUGAUAACAUCCUGGUAGUUAGUAAGUCCAAGAGUGAGGCAUAUCUUGACCAAGAUGUCCAACCAUCCCCAACUUCGAAGAACUCACUAAAAAAGUGGUGUUCAUAUGACCAGCUCUGCUCAGUUAGUUGCUCGAUAGCAUUCUUUUUAUUAUACACAGUGUGCUUUAACAGGAGAUUCGCGUUAACGAGAACAUCAACAUCAAUAUUUUACAAAAUUUUCACAUUUAAGUUUUCAUCUAUCAUACCUUCCUCGCGCCCAAGUCCAAAUGCGGUUUUCGACCAUCGUCUUGCGGCUGAUCUGAUGUCCGAUCCAGCCUUUGUUGGAAGCUUAGAGGGUAAGAUUGAUUUACUUCUUUCAUUUAUUCAACCGGUUUUCGUACUGAAAGUAGAUAAAGGCGGAAAUGAAGGAAAUCUCAGUGACAUAAAAGUCAGCCAGAUGUUUGACAACUCUUCCUUCACUUCUGCUUACAAGUUUGAGUUUACCUACGCGUUAGAAUCCAUCCUCUUGGUUUUGUUAGUAAUCUCCUGUACUCUGUUGUUGCUUCAAAAGAUAAUGGUUAAAUUAGACAGCAUUAAUGGACUCAAAACGCCCGAGUUACAUCAAGGUAUUAUUCCCCAAGAUAACGAGAAGAGAAAAGAGGAAAAAGAUCAUGUUACAAAUCAAACGGAGAAAUUGCAUAAUCCAGAGAACUCGGUUGACCAGUUUCAUAUCAAAGAGCUAUACAAUCAGGGACAUACCUUGGAUAUAAUCGAUAUCACGGACUCAAAAUCGCCUUUUGUAGUUUCGGUUGGUCUCGACUAUAAAGUCUUCGUAUGGUCACCAUUAGUAGAACCAAUCCCGCCCCCAGCGUCAAUUCCAUUACAUCGAAAGUUUUGGCCAUUAUCCAAAGUUAUCAUAAGUAAUGAUGGGUAUCAUAUUGCGUUUUUCAGCAAACAUGGUAAUAUUACUGCAUGGUCAAGAAGACACAUGAAAUUCAUGUGGGAACUACAAAUGAAGCAAAACUUGUCUAAGAACAAUGCUGCUCCAUUGGAAGCCUUCUUCAGAAAGAUUACAGUACCCUCUUUCAAAAGAAAUAGACAGCAGGCUUCUGGAUCCAAACAGCCACUCAAGAAUGAUCGCGUGAGCCUCAACACUUUAGAUUUCAUUACAGUGACAUCGGUAGCUGGUAUAGACGCGUCCUAUGAGCAAAUAACAAAUAAUCCGAAUGAUGAAGACGAAAAUGAGGAACUUGUUUUUGUGACUGCCGCCGGAUUGAUUUACAGUAUUGAUAUAAGUGGUAAAAUACGAUUAGUUAACGCAACAUCAUCGGAUCAUCCGUUGAUUUCAUGUAAGAAGCUUACGUCACCAAGGGUAAACGAUAGACUGGUGAUGUGUAAUAAGGUAGGAGAUCUCUAUGUGUCCACUGCCGUAAACAAUAAAUGGAGACCGCGGAAAUUAUCUGUCAAUUAUUCCAAUGUAAUAGCUCCUAAAGAAAAAUUCUGUAAAAUUGUUUCAAAUGAUGCAAGUUUGCCAUCCAACGACACGAGUGAGAUGCCAUUGGAGACUGAUUAUACUAUUGAAUUGGUGCCGUUUGUUGGUAUGCUUGUUAGAGUCAUUGGUACGAACGCAGAGCUUAUUGAUGCACAAACAGGGACUUUAAUUAGAACCAUCUCAAUAAGUCAUUUCAAGCCUAACUCUCUUCGAGUAUUUCAUGACGCUCCAACCCAUUGUAGGUUUUGUGGAAGUGCUUCAGUAGCAUCAUUUUCUAUUGCUUAUACUGAUUCCGAUCAUUCACGCGUUGUACUUCAUACAUUUAGGUUGGAAAGCAGAACAAAAACGAGUAUAUGUUUGCGUGUUGAGCGUGAUGCAAGAGAGAUUCGUUGCCUUGGUAUGGAAUCUGCAGUAGAAACGAUUCAUUAUUUUUACAAUGUAGAAAAUUGGUGCGUUACCGAGAGUAAUAUGUUGAUCGGUAUUAGAAGAGUACCGGAGAAUAUUGUGAAUAAGAUUGGGACAACGUCCAUUUCAAUCAAUGCGAGUGACGAACCAGUUUCGUUGCAGAAUAGGAAGCAUAAAAAUUCUGAUGGAAGUUCAAUGGUGAAUUCUGCAUCCUUCAAAAUCCACAAUAUUUGGGAAGGGUGGACUAUGUCGGCUAAUGGUACUGUUAAGUUGCAUAAAAUACCUGUAGGUGUUAACGGUUUAAUAGUGAAUAAACUUGGUCCACUGGUCAGUUUUGGCGCAAAAGCAAUGGUUGUCGGAUUUGCUAAUAUCAUGAGCUUGUUCUAUCUUGGGCAUGAAGAUUUACUUUUCACAACGGAGAAUGAUGGUGCGAAUAGUGAAGAGAGCAGUUUAAAAUUCGUGAACAAACGAAGAGAUCGAUUUUCCCACAGGAAAGUUCCAAUUAAUUAUACCAAUGCCUGCUGA